UCUGCUUUGGCGGUGGAGGAGGACGACGCCGAUUCUGAUCCAGCCGCGGCAAUGCGGCCUGCGAUGCUCUUGCUCUUCUGCCGCUGCCGAGCACGAGCACAGGGAGGAUACGGAUGAAUCGGAGAUUGACAAGAGCUCAAGUUCCUUAAUCUCGACUUGCGGCCUCAGCUCGUGGCGUCGGUUCUCCAGCGAUCGACCGAUGUGGAAAUAUUGUCUUGCUUCUUCCAGUGGGCAGGCACAGCGGCAAGAGAAAUUCCAGCACGAGCCCGGCGUCUAAGGUCUUGGCUCUGGAUCGAGAUGGUGGGCAGCUGCUGAACUGGCUGCUAGUGCUCCUCAAGUGCCGGAACACUGGCUCCAGCCUUGUCGAUUCUUUGCUUCGUUCCUACAUGGGGGCUGGAAACGCAGGGCGGGCUGUGGAGGCUUUCACGAGGCUGGCCAGAGUUUUCAAGCCCAACGUCACGCUUUGCAACUCUUUCCUUGGAUUGCUGCUCGAGGCCGACGAGUAUGAGCUCGCAAGCCAAGUUCUACACUUCAUGACGCUCCACGGCUGCUACCCAGAAGAUGGCACCUUCCGGCCCCUCAUGGCUGCUGCAGCUCCCACCAAGGCCUUUGAGCUCUUCCAGAGCGCUAUAGAGAUUGGGAGAGUUCCUUCCUUUGGCCUCAAUCGCCCGCUGCUCGAGUUCGUGUGUCGGGCUGCCACCGCCGACGAGCGCAUAUCAUCACCGGCGGUAGCUUCUGCUCGGACCUGGUGA